AUGGCGGCUGACCCCGCGGUGGCCCCGGGCGCCCCCUCGGUGCCCCCUCAGUGGCCCCUGGCGCCCCCUCGGUGGCCCCGGACGCCCCCUCGGUGCCCCCUGUCGCCCCCUCAGUGCCCCCUGGCGCCCCCUCGGUGCCCCCUGGCGCCCCCGCAGUGGCCCCGGACGCCCCCUCGGUGCCCCCUGUCGCCCCCUCAGUGGCCCCGGACGCCCCCUCAGUGGCCCCGGACGCCCCCUCGGUGCCCCCUGGCGCCCCCUCAGUGGCCCCUGGCGCCCCCUGGCGCCCCCGCAGUGGCCCCGGGCGCCCCCUCAGUGGCCCCUGGAGCCCCCUCGGUGCCCCCUGGCGCCCCCGCAGUGGCCCCGGACGCCCCCUCGGUGCCCCCUGUCGCCCCCUCAGUGCCCCCUGGCGCCCCCUCAGUGGCCCCGGACGCCCCCUCAGUGCCCCCUGUCGCCCCCUCAGUGGCCCCUGGAGCCCCCUCAGUGGCCCCUGUCGCCCCCUCAGUGGCCCCGGACUCCCCCUCAGUGCCCCCUGGCGCCCCCUCAGUGGACCCUGUCUCCCCCUCAGUGCCCCCUGUCGCCCCCUCGGUGCCCCCUGUCGCCCCCUCAGUGGCCCCGGACGCCCCCUCGGUGGGUCCUGUCGCCCCGUCGGUGCCCCCUGUCUCCCCCUCGGUGCCCCCCGUCGCCCCGUCAGUGGCCCCCGUCGCCCCGGCAGCGGCCCCGUCCGCCCCGUCAGCGUCCGCCGGCGUCCCCGCACUGCCCCCCGGCGGCCUCGCCGCGUCCCCGUCGGCCCCCGCGGGCCCCGUCCGGCUUCGACCUGGCGCCCGCGCUCGUGUCGUGUCGCGCCGCGGGUCGGGCCGCGGGUUGGGCCGCCGCGCCGCGCCGCGCCGCCCGGUGCCGCCACUUGGCCGAGACCGGGGUCGCCCGUGGCCACCUGCGCUGCUUCGGAGACCAGCGGGCCCGGCCGCCCCGCCCCGGGAGAGCCGGCUCCAGGCCCCGGACCGAGCCGCGCCGCUCCCCGGACCCCGGACCUCCGACCUCCAGCCCCCCGUUCUGUGGCUGCUCAGUCCCCGGGCCCCCGACGUGCUGCUCCCCGCCACCCGGCUCCCCGACGUCCGGACCCCCGGGGCUCGAACCUCCGACGCCUGGCCCUCCGAUGUCCGGACCCCCGGGGCUCGAACCUCCGACGCCUGGCCCUCCGAUGUCCGGCCCUCCAGAACCCAGGCCCCCGGCGUCCAGCCCUCCGAUGUGCGGCCCCCCAGUGUCCGAUGUUCAGACGUCCGGCCCCUCAGCCCCUGGCCCUCUGACACCGGGCCCCCCGACGUCCAGCCCUCCAAGGCCGGGCCCUCCGACGUCCAGCCCUCCAAGGCCGGGCCCUCCGACGUCCAGCCCCCCAAGGCCGGGCCCUCCGACGUCCUGCCCCCCAAGGCUGGGCCCUCCGGCGUCCAGCCCCCCAAGGCCGGGCCCUCCGACGUCCAGCCCCCCAAGGCCGGGCCCUCCGACGUCCAGACGCCCAAGGCCGGGCCCUCCGACGUCCAGCCCCCCAAGGUUGGGCCCUCCGACGUCCAGCCCCCCAAGGCCGGGCCCUCCGACGUCCAGACGCCCAAGGCCGGGCCCUCCGACGUCCAGACGCCCAAGGCCGGGCCCUCCGACGUCCUGCCCCCCAAGGCCGGGCCCUCCGACGUCAAGCCCCCCAAGGCCGGGCCCUCCGACGUCCAGCCCCCCAAGGCCGGGCCCUCCGACGUCCAGCCCCCCAAGGCCGGGCCCUCCGACGUCCAGCCCCCCAAGGCCGGGCCCUCCGACGUCCAGACGCCCAAGGCCGGGCCCUCCGACGUCCAGCCCCCCAAGGUUGGGCCCUCCGACGUCCAGCCCCCCAAGGCCGGGCCCUCCGACGUCCAGACGCCCAAGGCCGGGCCCUCCGACAUCCAGACGCCCAAGGCCGGGCCCUCCGACGUCCUGCCCCCCAAGGCCGGGCCCUCCGACGUCCAGCCCCCCAAGGCCGGGCCCUCCGACGUCCAGCCCCCCAAGGCCGGGCCCUCCGACGUCCAGCCCCCCAAGGCCGGGCCCUCCGACGUCCAGCCCCCCAAGGCCGGGCCCUCCGACGUCCAGCCCCCCAAGGUUGGGCCCUCCGACGUCCAGCCCCCCAAGGCCGGGCCCUCCGACAUCCAGACGCCCAAGCCUCCCAGUGCUCGGCCCUUCGACGUCCAUCCUCCUAGUGCCCGGCCUUCUGACGUCCAGUCCCACAGCCCCCAGGUCCCCAAUGGCCAGAGCUCUAACGUCUGUUCCCCCGACACCCAGCCCUUCGACAUCGGGUCUCCUGACAUUCAGUCCCUCUGCUAUGCUGGCAUUGAGGAACGGGAACCUCAAGUUGGCUCCUUGGCCUCGCCUUCUCCAGCUGCCAGUGUUCAUCAGGAACCCCAGACCCAGGUUGUGGAGUUGCUGAGUCAAGUGAGAGGACUUUCCUGGGCCAUCUUGGAACUGUUACGAAAGAACGAACGGCUCCUGGAAGCCGUUCGCGGCGUCACUGAGGAUAUCAGGUCGCUGGAAGAUUUCCCCUCCCCGCCACCCCCACCGGGAAGUGUGGGAGAUCCAGGAGUCCUUUACUCCUUAUUUCCUGCAGCUGUCCUCUGCCUUCGGCAUGGCUAUAAGGCAGCGCAGUUGUCAAGGACAAAGGCAGAGAAUGAGUCCCAGAUCCCAGGGGCUCCAGUACCAGAUCCCAGGAUUUGCCAGAGGGAGGCCUAA